AUGAGAGAAGUUAUUAGCUUGCAAAUUGGCCAAUGUGGAAACAUGAUUGGAUCAGCAUUUUGGAGAGAAAUAGCCGAAGAUCACAGUAUAGACUUAGAAGGGAACUAUUAUGGCAAGUCGGAUAUAACCCGAACCCUCUGCUGGCUUGGGCUAUGCCGAUGUCUCCCGACGUCGGAAGGGGGGCUGGAUUUACAAACAUUUGUUGAUAAAACCAACUCCAAUAUGACAAAUCCACUCUUUACCAGAGAUUUGCCAUCUGGAUUUACAAAUGUUUAUAAAUCCAGCUCCACUUCAGACUUCAGGAAAAUAAGGUAUAGUCAAAGCCAAAAGGAGGCUUUGGCUAUAAAGAACUUGCCAAAAUAGACAGCUAUUUUAGCACGACUGAUACGAAAUUUUUUCCAAGGGCAAUUAUGAUCGAUUUAGAGCCUCAAACUUUGGAUGAAAUGCGCUGUUCUGAUCUUAAGAAAAUGUACAGAACUGAUAAAUUUAUUUCUGGACAUUCUGGUACAGAAAAUAAUUGGGCAAAAGGAUAUUAUACAUUGGGUGCAGAAAUUAAGGAUUUGGUUAUGGAAACUGUGCGCAGUUCUGCGGAGGAAUGCGAGCACCUUGAAGGGUUCCAAAUCUGUCAUUCUCUUGGUGGAGGAACUGGAUCGGGGCUUGGCUCCUUAAUUAUUAAUUCAGUUCGGGAAGAAUUCCCAGAUAAAAUUCUAGAAACGUUUUCAGUUACUCCUUCCAAAAAUCCAGAGAUUGCAGUUGAACCAUAUAACGCAACUUUUUCAGUCAACAAGUUAGUUGAAAACGCUGAUUCCUGUAUAAUGCUAGACAACGAUGCCCUAUAUAAAAUUUGUCAAGAAAAUCUUGGCAUGGAAGCUCCUACUUAUUCAGACCUAAAUAAUGUCGCUAGUUCUGCCAUAGCUGGAAUUACAUCACCCAUAAGAUUCCCUUCCACCCUCAACUCUAGCUGAAGAAAAGUCUGCAUGAAUUUAGUUCCAUUCCCUCGGCUCCACUUUUUUACAAUUUCUCAUAUGCCAUUCUAUAAGCAGCAGCAAGAAAAGCCAGAAAAUUCAGAAUGAAAGAUCUUGGAUUUAUUCCAAAGGAUGGUGAACCCGAAUAACCUCAUAAUAUCAAGUGGGCAUGACCUCUGCUCUCAAAGGAUUUAUUCAGCAGCUGCUAUAUUUAGAGGAAACUACUCUAGCAAAGAAUUGAAUGAUGCACUUGAUGAAAUCCACAACGAAAAAUCUGGUUGCUUUGUAGAAUGAAUCCCUGACAAUUUCCUCUGCGGUACUUGUGAAGUCCCUCCCAAGCGAUCAUUAGCUAGUGCUUCUUCGAUUAUAAGUGGCAGCUGCGUGAAAGAUACGUAUUUGAGAUUAAGCGAGCAAUUCACUGAUCUCUUUAGACAAAAGGCUUAUACUCAUUGGUAUACUGAAGAAGGAAUGGAUUUAAUGGAAUUUACAGAGGCCGAAAGCAAUAUGAAUGACCUUGUAAGCGAAUACUCUCCCUGCUGCUGCUGUUGCUACGACGAAGAAGAAUAUGGUGAAGAAUAUGAUGAAGGAGAGGAAGGAAGCUAA